GAAAAGUCGAAACAAUGCUGCCAGAGCAUCAUUGACAACCACCACUGGGUACAGCGGGCUGUUGAAGGACUAUCUGGUGGCCUCCAAAUUCGAAGUCCAAUGUGAGGCGAUGGAGGUUGCACGUGCCCUGCCUGGGAGCUAUGUAGGAACAGGGGAGAGGUUAAGCGGCAAGGUUAACAAAGUACUAGGCACCCGAGGAGUGAAGCAUCGUCCCACAGCGACUGACCUGUCCUACCUUCUGACAGAGCACGAGGAGAAAGCGAGGCGACGGCUGGAUGCGACAUAUGUCAAGAAAUUUGGCAAGAAACCAUCGGAUGAUCCAAACCUAGUAUAUUUGCUGGGGAAUGACCCACAGUGGACCACCUCUUGGACUGCGGUUUCCGGCCGUCUUCCAGACAUCCACGGCAAUGUUGCCACCGGCAAAUUCUGGUAUCCUCAUUUCACGAGGUUGUGUGCCAUGACUUUUCCGGUGACUGAAGCUUCCGCAUCAGUGCUGGGUGUGCCGGUGUUAGGCACUCGAGAUCCGAAGCGGGCCGCACAGCUAGUGGCCGGUGCGAGGUCUUUGCACAAUGCUGCCCUGAUCCAGAUGAUUGCACUG